CAGCUUCUCACAUAAGCAGUUGGAGCGCUAGCGGACGGACUUGAAGUGAAGAAACAGACCCUGGAUGACUUUUACUUUGCCUAGACUCCUUAUCGUUCUGUCGGACAAAAGGACAGACAGCAGUGGGCAUUAAAAACAAACGGCAGCCCAAGAUUAACCUGACAGCGUCUCUCGGACUCUGUGUGAAGUGACGGAAAGACAACGGUCUCCACAAGAGGUAGCAACCUCCCAGCAUGCAGCACUACGGGGUGAACGGCUACUCUCUGCACGCCAUGAACUCGCUGAGCGCCAUGUACAACCUGCACCAGCAGGCGGCACAGCAGGCGCAGCACGCGCCCGACUACCGGCCAUCCGUGCACGCGCUCACACUGGCAGAGAGACUAGCUGACAUCAUCCUGGAGGCUCGCUACGGCUCUCAGCACCGCAAACAGCGUCGCAGCCGCACGGCCUUCACCGCACAGCAGCUGGAGGCGCUGGAGAAGACCUUCCAGAAGACACACUACCCGGAUGUGGUGAUGAGAGAGCGACUGGCCAUGUGCACCAACUUACCGGAGGCCCGUGUGCAGGUUUGGUUCAAAAAUCGCAGAGCCAAGUUCCGUAAGAAGCAGCGCAGCCUGCAGAAAGAGCAGCUUCAGAAGCAGAAGGAAGCAUCAGGAGAAGGAGGAAGCGAGAAGGAGGAUGCAGCUCCCUCCACAACCGUCCUUCCUGAGACCCAACUCCCGCCUCCAUCCUCCUCUUCUCUGGAGACAGAGGGUGCUGGAGUCUGUCCUGAACCGCUCGACAUCGAACUGAAUGUCACGUCAGCAGAACACUCUGGCAGCGAGUCUGCGACUGAGGACAAUGCCACAGAUAAGGAGGACGAGGGUAAAUCUCAGAGAGAGGAGAUGAAGUGUGAGAGAGCAGCGACUCCUGAGGACAGCUCUCCAGGUUGCAAAAGACUCAGCCCUAAACUAGACUCUCCCCUGGUCUCUCCAUCUGUGACGCCCUCCUCCAGCGGCGGCCUGUCCAGCACUGGCCCCCUCCCUCAGAGCCACUCUUACUCUUCCUCCCCCCUCAGCCUGUUCCGUCUGCAGGAACAGUUCCGUCAGCACAUGGCCGCCACCAACAACAUGGUGCACUACCCUGCCUUCGACCUCUCUGCCCCAUCUUCACUCCCCUACCUGGGGAUGAAUGUUAACAUGCCCCCCGCACCACUGGGCUCUCUGCCCUGCCAGUCUUACUAUCAGUCCCUGUCCCAUCACGCCCAGCAGGUGUGGAGCAGCCCGCUGCUGCAGGCAUCGGCUGCAGGCGGCCUGGCCAGCCACAACAGCAAGACCACCAGCAUCGAGAACCUUCGUCUGAGAGCCAAACAGCACGCCGCCUCGCUGGGACUGGACACAAUGUCUAACUGAGAAUCAGAUUGUAUGGAGGACAAACUCAAGCCCGAGCCUCGGCACACACAUCACCCCAUCCCACUGUGUGUAUGUGAGACUGUGAUAGUUCUUUAGGAGCAUGCAGGGGUGUCCAAACAUAAAUGAUCACAAGAUGCACAGGACCUACAAAGCUCAGAACAUCAACAGUUGGUUUGACUCUUCUUCACUUCCAAACUGUCUGACAGUCUAACAGUAUAAUCCCAGGACACAAGAACCUGUAAGAUAUUGAAUAUUGAUUCGACGGAUGAAAUGAAUGUCCCAACUCAGAGGACAGCGAACUUAUUGACUCACAUGAUGAUGUUUCCAUCAGACACCGAAUGCUGGACCUUCUUAACAUCUAAAAAAAAUCAAAAUAAGAAUCACUGACAUCGAUGUACACAGCUGAUGGUGGACACACUUGGUUUAAAAAGGACAAUGCAAAUAACGUUUACAAGAACAAUGUGAAUAAAUGAGGCACUUUUGAGAAUUGGGCUCCUCGGCCAGGAGGAAAAAGUUAACGCUUGUGCAGCAGAGAGGCCCUUUCUGUCACAGGACCAUUGACAUUUCAAUUAAGCAGCGUGGUUAUGUACAUAGCAUGUACUACAUAACAGCACAUAAAUACAAAUAAACCUCAAGCCGUGCUGUCCUCAAUAGCAUAAUUAAAAGUGACUAAUUUACCAGUUUAAUGGCCAGUAAUAUGCCACGUUGUACAGAGGCUGGUUUGAUAAUGAGAAAAUGAUUUCAGUGAGUAAAUUCUCAAAGCUUUUAAUUACAUUUUGCCCUGGGCUCAGGGAGCUGGGGCAAAUGCAAUUAUGAACAUGAAUACCAUUUAAGACUGCAUUUAUUAAUUCAAAAGGUCUGUGGCAACAUGAUUGACAUCAUUUAAACAUGAGUUGAUCACUUUGAAUAUGAAAUUAUAUGGAAAACAAAUCUGGACAAAUGAAUAAAUGUCCCGACCCAUGUUUAGUCAGCAGUUAUUCUCGCCUUAUUGAGGAAAACAUGCUUGCUUUUGAAAGCCUGUAAGCACUUGAGGAGAAUCUCACACGUCUCCGAUGUUUUCUGUUAAAGUGUUCUCGAAGAUUAUGUCUUCGCACGAAAAAAAUGCACAUUAUUUUAAUAUGUAAAAUACAAAAAAAAGUCUAUCUAUUAAUGUUUACUGGUAAGGUUAUUGUAAAGUUCAUAUUAUGUUGUACAAUUGAUAACGGACUCAGAUAAAGUUCCUUUUGCUGUCAGAUUGUAAGAUUGUAUUUGCUCACCGGCAGCCCCUUCUUACCCCUCCUCUAUUGGUUGUCUGUGUAACAAUCCUGGGUUGGAUUAAUAUUUUAAAUGUGUUUUGUUUCUACUCUGGAAUUGGCUAAGAAGCAAAUAUGGAUUGCUGCAAGCUGUCCCCUCCUCUAUGCUGUAAUCCAGACAAAAGUGAACAGAUUUCAGUGAAUUGACCCGAGUCCUUUGUGUACUGCUGUCUUGACUCUGUUUGAGUUCUGUUGUUGCUAUUAUUCUAAUGCUGUCUCCCCCCCCCCCACCCACUGUCUCUGUCAAACUACUUGGUCCAGUGGUAGAUAGAUUUAUAAUGGUGGAGGAGAGAGAUGGAGCAGACCAUCAGCAGUGUUGUUUCCUUUACCCUUUCCCCUG